CUGGACUCAUGUACACAUAUUUUUCUGAAAGUAACAUGUAUGUGUGAGAUUUGUCAAACCACCAAAUUACAAAUUCUGAGUUUCAACAAGAGUAUAUCUAAAGAAAACAAGGGUUGAAGUAGUUUUUAGUUUAGCAUACAGUUGCCAGUUUGAAGAGAGCCUUGCAUUCCUAUGCAUGCUAACUCUAUUUUCUUUCAUUAAUUCUUUCUUUAUUUCUUUGUUUCUGAUGCACACUUUCUUAUUUCUUUACACUUAGAAUAGCCUUCCUUAAUUUAUAAUUAUAGUAACAUAAAAGCUAAAGCAUGUGGUUCCUAUUUUGUAGCAUAACUACUGCAUAAGACUCAGCUUAAAUGAAGACUGGACUUAUAAAUUUGAAUAUCUGUGUCAUGUUCGAUUUUCUAUUAAUAGUUAAUAAGUUGGUGUAUAUGUCUUAAGAUGACUGUUCGUGUUCAUUCUAGCUUCUCGUGUUUAUGGUUAUCUUGUUCUGAGAUUUGUAACUGUAAUUCUUGUUUUGCAAACUAAAUCCUAUUUGGUAAAAAAUUUUAUGAUCUUUUUUAUAUACUUUUUUUUUUUUUUUAUGAAUUUUAGUUAUAAAUAUUUGUGAAGAUAAUGACUGAAACAGGAUCUCCCUUUGCAGGAUUUGAAAGACUAAUUGGUAAAUUUGGGUUGAACUUUAGUCUUGAACAAGCUGAAGGCCCUUAUUGUGGAUUAUAAUUUUUACAAUUGCAGCACCCUACGGUCUUACCAUAUUUUAGAGUGCUUUCAUCACUUCAUACUGAUGUUGAAUACCCGGUGUUCUCCAAAUAAAUUCAAGGAAACGGUUUGCAAUUUAAGUGAAGACAAAAAGGUUGCCGUACAAGAGAUUGGGUUUGGGUCCCUUUUAGACAUCGAGUGUACCAUUUUGAAGCGCAACCUGUGCUUAUGGUUGGUAGAACACUUUGACCCUAGAACAUCUCAUCUCACCCUUGAAUCUGGCGCUCGGAUCCAUGUUACGCCAAGUGACGUUGAAGAGGUACUUGGCCUACCCUCGGGAAGAGGAGAAGAUGUGCCAAAUUAUAUUGUACAAAGUGUGCAUUGGUUAGAAAAUGGCAUUUUUUUAAAGGACGGUGUAAUAGAAGUGCCAAACUUAGUGCAUCAAUUAGACGUUCUUCCUGUUGGGGAUGACUUCAAGAGGGCUUUUGUCCUUUUCGCUUGCGGAUCACUUCUAGCACCCAUAUCGAAAAAUGAGACAAGCAAAAGGUUAUUGGCAGCGGUUGACAAUGUGGAUGCUAUUAAAUCGUAUAAUUGGGGGAAGUUUGUUUUAGAUUGGUUGAAAAAAGGAAUUGCGUCCUAUAAAGGAAAGGAAGGAAGAGAAGGUUGUACAUACAUACAUGGAUGCUUGUUCUUUCUCAUGCUUUUCUACCUACACCGUGUGGAUGUCAAUGGACCAAAACCGAAGCCUGAGAUGUCAUGCGUACGUGGAUGGACCAACAAAUUAAUAGGCGAGAGGUUGAAUUUGGAGAAGCAUAAAUAUAAUGGUUUCGGCUUCGGUGAGGUAAAGUUUACAACUGAUACAUCUGAAGAUGCCGAUAAGGAGUUGGCAUAUGAAAUUAUUAAAGUUGUUAAGAAAUGGAAGCAACGGCACAAUGUAGGCCAAGGCAGGGGGUCGAGAUCCUCAGAACCCAGUUCAUCCACACGACAACCUAACCUAUCUUCGCAAUUGUUUGCACAACACAAUCCGAUUGAGGAGGAAGAUGAAUCCCACAUACCAGUGGAGGAGGAAUUCGAAACCUCCACAAGACAAGCAAACUCACCCUGGCAAUCUUUUACAAAACACGAUCCCAUGGAGGAGGAAGGAGAAAUCCCCGCACCAAUGGAGGAGGAAGUGGGAACCUCCACAGCAAUGGAAGAGGAGCGUGAUGUGCAGGAAGCAGUGAUCCCUUUAUUACGUGUUAUAAAGCCUGGGCGCCAUAAGGGAUCACCUUGGGUUGAAAUGAAGGUCAACCGAUUGCGUGUCCUUCGUCCAGAAGCAAAGGCAGUCAUCUCAUAUGCCAUGGAUGAGAGCAGAAAUGAUGAUGAAAUGCUGGUGAACAUAAAUGAUAUUUUCCUCACAAGAAAAGAGAUGAGAACAAUCUCUUACAAUCAUUGGAUAUCAAAUAUGGUGGUUGAAGUCUAUUGCCAAAUGCUCCAGCUGAAACAAAAGCGUAGAGGAACCAAAUUUUUCUUUCCGCCUUCGAUUGGGAUUGAACUUUCCAAGAUACCUUCAAAAGUGGUUGAUAGGAAAGGUAAAAUACAAGCAGUUUGGAACAACUAUAAAAGGAUAAGGAAUGUCGAUGAUAACAAAGUUUGCCAAUUCAAUAUGCUUUUCUUUCCAAUACUUGUAAAUGAGAAACAUUGGUGCUUGUAUGUCUUUAACAUUUGCGAUAGUCGUAUGGAUGUGUUGGAUUCAAACAAACAUUCUUCGCAUGAUAAGCGUACUCCAGACAAGAUGUCAAAAGAUUUGGUAAUGUUGGUUGAGGUAUUCACCGGAAGAGAUCUACAAAACUUCAUAUACAAUGUGCCCAACGUACCUCAACAGCCCGAUAGUGAUAGUUGUGGUGCUUUCAUGUUGGACUUCAUGGAGAAAUGGGAUGGUUCACUCAGUCACCCAAAAGAGAAGGUGGAUGUUGAUAGAUUACGUGCAAUUAUUGCUUCAAAUUUGCUUUCAGAUGACAAUAACACAAUGAAGGAUUUUGUAAAGAACAAAGCACUUUAUCCAUUUGGUCAAGCAUGUUGAUUUCAACUAACAAGGUACCAUUUACCUCAAGGAACCUCACAUACCAGUAUUUGCCCAGUUGGAAGCUAGAGGAAGUGGGAUAGGACGAUCGUUGAAUUUUCUAAAAAGUGGUACCUGAAAUGAUGUGGGAUAUGGGACAUUUGUAUUGUUGAAUAGUGUCAUUUUUUUUUCAUGUAUUUUGCACUCUGUUGGUGUUAGCUAUUUUUAAAGUUUUAAAGAAUAGUAGCUUUGCAACUUUUGAUUGUGGAUUAGGUUGGUAUAUUUUUGCAACUAUUGUAUGGCUUAUUAUAUUGGCAUCUACCUUACAUGAAAUCAAAUGAAGUUGCUCUUUUGGGUUCUCAGGAAUUAGUAUUGUAUGGCUUAUUAUAUUAG